CACACAAGUGUCAGGUUCAAUCCGCGGCUGGUCCAGCUUGUUUGGAACGAAAAGUAUGCCUCGCUGGUUCUUGUACCUUUUGCUCCUCACCUGUGCCAGAGUUGUGGCGCUGAACAAAGAGAAAGUGAAGCCUCAGAAAGUGAAGCCUCAGAAAGGGAAGAUGCAGAGAGUGAAGCCUCAGACCUUGUCAAGAGGUUGGGGAGAUAAUAUCACUUGGGCCCAGACUUAUGAAGAGGCCCUGUCAAAGAUGAUAGAGAGUCAGAAGCCUCUGAUGGUCAUCCAUCAUCAAGAAGACUGCCCGCACAGUCAAGCACUGAAGAAGGUGUUUGCUGUUUCCAAAUCCAUCCAGAAAAUGGCUAAAGAGGAUUUCAUCAUGCUCAACCUGGUGCAUGAGACCAUAGAUAAGAACCUGGCUCCUGAUGGCAACUAUGUUCCCAGGAUCCUCUUUGUUGAUCCAUCCAUGACUGUGCGAACAGAUAUUAUAGGAAGGUACAGCAACCAUCUCUACACCUAUGAACCCAAGGAUUUGGUGUUAUUGGCCUCAAACAUGAGGAAAGCCAAGGCCCUCCUGCACACUGAACUCUAACAUGGAUGACCUGUGAUGUCAGUGCACCCCUAAGACACCCUGCGCUGCUGGUGCCAGGUUCCAGCACUGAAACAUUUACCAAAUGAUUCAUAUUUCAAUAAAAUCAAAAUAAAUUAAUUAAAAUGAA